AAGGUUCUCAACGUGGUUCCCGCAGCAGUCCAACGUGUGGAGCAGCUGAGAAUGAAGAGAGCGAGUUUAUAAAGGAGAUUAUUGAAUAAGUUGCUUGGUUCUUCUCUACAAUGGGGGAGUUUAAGGUGCACCGGGUCCGGUUCUUUGACUACAUGCCGUCGGCUAUCCGAGCUCUUGCCUUCCAACCGCAGCGGGAGAAAAUUGCUGUAGCCCGGACAAGUGGCUCAGUGGAGAUCUUUAACUGUGCUGACCGCUUCUUUCAGGAAAAGAUAAUUCCAGGACGAGAGCAAGCUGCUACUGAGGCCCUUGCCUGGGUCGGGGAUCGCCUCUUCAGUGCUGGCUUGAAUGGAGUGAUUAGUGAAUAUGAUUUGGAAAACCAAAAAGUGAAAUACACAAUCGAUGCAUUUGGAGGCCCAAUGUGGACCAUAGCUAGCAACCAGCAGGGCACACAUUUAGCUGUUGGGUGUGAAGAUGGGACUGUGAAGCUGUUUGAGGUGUGUGAAGGCAAAAUCCAGUUCGAAAAGAAUCUGGCGAAGCAGAAAGGACGUAUUCUCUCUCUCUCCUGGCAUCCCUCUGGUUCUAGGAUAGUAGCAGGAAUGAUGGAUAUGAUUCGGGUUUUCAACACAGAAACAGGGCAGUCAGUACACAGGUUACUGGUGGAGCGUGGAAUAGGAGCCUCCCGGAGUGUGGAGUGUGUGGUUUGGGGUGUGGUUUACCUCUCAGAUGGCACCAUCAUCAGUGGAGAUUCAUCCGGAAAGGUUAAAAUAUGGGAUGACCUCACUGGAACACUCAUUAAAAGCCACCAGGUCACCAAGUGGGAUGUGCUGGCAUUAUCAGUUUCACAGGAUGAAACCAGUGUUGUUGCUGGGACGUCAGAAGGUACUGUGGUCCAGUUCCAGUUCCUCUCAGUAGUGCUGGGCCAGGAGGACAAAGAGUGGGUCCAAACAAGGAUCUUUAAGAACCACACACAUGAUGUCCGGGCUGUGCUGGAGCUCGGCACUGCUGUUGUAUCAGGCGGUAUGGACACACAGUUUGUGGUGAGACCUCUCCUGGAUAAAAUUGAGGAGAGGGGUCCUGAGUGUGUCCUGCGCAAAAUCCAGUUCCCACAUCGGAGCUUAGUGUCAUGUGCAAAGAAGGCCGGCCUGCUUCUAUUCCAGUACCCUGGCCAUCUGGAGUUGUGGAGACUGGGAGAGAGUGAUGGACAUGGAGCUUCUGGAAGUGUGUUACCUGUGAAAAGAAAACCAGAGAAGUUACUUCAUUUGAAGAUAAAGGGUGAAGAGCACAUUUGCUGCAGUGCAGUGUCACCAUGUGGAGAGUGGAUUGCAUACUCAACUGUGGCCAGUUUCCGACUAUACAGACUCCACUGUGACAACAACAAUGUCAGCAUCACCAAGGUGUCCAAACUUCCAAAGGUUCUCAGCUCAGCCAAUCAGAUUUGCUUCUCUUCAGACUCCUCCAAGCUGUUUGCAGCAUCCACUUGUUCAUCAGUACAUGUGGUAUCUCUAAGCCAGACUGUGCACAAGUUUGUGUGCACCCUCAAGCCAAAAUCUGGAUCUGUUCAGGCAGUUCACCUGCUAGCAGCCAGUGAGGAUGGGAAGUGGCUGGCUUCAGCAAACAGUGACCGUGAGGUGCAAAUCUACAACCUGACAAAAAUGAAGCUCCACAGCACAGUGCCUGUUUACAACUCCGGAGUCACUGCCAUGGCCAUCCACCCGACCACUAACAACCUGUUCAUGGUGCAUGCAGAUCAGCAGGUCUUUGAGUACUCGAUAGAAGAGAAGAAGUACACGGACUGGAGCAGACAGGUUCAGAGGAACGGGCUUCAUUAUCUGUGGUUAGCGAGAGACACGCCCGUAACCAACGUGACCUUCAAUCCCAAAAAUCCCACCCACAUUAUUCUGCAUGAUGCGUACAUGUUCUGCAUCAUUGACCAAACCCUGCCUCUCCCUGAUUCAUGCAGUCAGUUCUACAAUCAGCUGACUCUAAGGAGCCUACCAGAGAAGGACAGGACAAAACACAGCCAUGCUUUCAAAAUGUGCAAGACCUUCAAGGAGCUGAUGUUUGUGGAGCUGAUGGAGGAUCAGUCACUGGUAGCAGUGGAGCGCCCUCUGGUGGAAAUUGCUGCACAGCUGCCAGCACCAGUCAGACAGAAGAAGUUUGCCACUUAAGUUUGUGUGUGAGAGUUGUGUGAGAGUUGUGUGAGAGUUGUGUGAGAGUUGUGUGAGAGUUGUGUGAGAGUUGUGUGAGAGUUGUGUGAGAGUUGUGUGAGAGUUGUGUGAGAGAGAGGCCUAUUGUGAACAUACUCCUCUUAGUGCUUUGUUAUGGCUGUUUGAAACAAUAAUAAACAGAAUAUUUACUGUAAAAAUCA